GUUUUACACCGCGACGCCAGCCGAGCUCAGGACCCGCGCUACGCAUUUAUUUGCCGGCGCCGCCUCGGUUCUUGUAGCGCUGCAGCCGCCUGCGCCUCACGCGGUCUCGCAGAGCUAACCAGCGACGGCGACAUAAGGCCCUGCCGCGCGCGCCGCCGCACGCCAGUCGCCGCGUCGUUGCCGGCGCGAGGACAUGGCCGCGGCGAAGGCCCAGGUCGGCGUGCCCAUCAAAUUAUUGCACGAGGGCGAGGGCCACGUCGUGACGGUCGAGCUCAAGAGCGGCGAGAUCUACCGCGGCCGCCUCGACGAGAGCGAGGAGACGAUGAACUGCAGCCUGACGGACAUUGUGUGCACGGCGAGGGACGGCCGCGUCUCGAAGAUGGAGCACGUCUACAUCCGCGGGUCGCGGAUCAAGUUCCUGAUCCUGCCCGACCUGCUGAAGCACUCGCCCGUCUUCGACAAGGUCAAGGCCAUGAAGCAGGCCGACGAGGCGAAGCCGCGGCGCCGGUAGGGGGCG